AUGUCAAAACGUCAAUACAUUCGACGGGGGGUUCAACAGCAGGAGCCUCAACCUCAUAUUUUCGAUCUUUACCAAAAACCUCUGUUCGAUAAUACUAUUAGAAAAGAAGAAUUUCGGACAUAUACACCAUACAUCAAAUCAUUUAAUAAUAGUGACGUUGUCGAAUUUAUCAUAAAUCAAUCAGAUGCAUUUUUUGGGAUACACGAAACGCUGUUGGAAAUUAAAGGAAGUAUAGAGAAAGUAGGUGAUGGCGUGGUUUCUCUUGCACCGAAUGCUGGAGCUUUCUUGUUUGAUACAUGUACGUAUACCCAAAGUUCACAUGAUAUGGAAAUAGUUAGAGACCCAGGUGUAGUUAGCACUAUUCGCAGUUUGUUAUGUUAUACUCCUGAAGAUUCCAAGUUUCUCAGUACUGCAGGAUGGAACUAUCCGAAUAAUCCACAUAUAUCGGGAGACAACUUUAGUCUACUGAUUCCGAUAAAACAUAUAUUCAACAUUUUCAACGACUACAAUAAAUUAACCUAUGGCCGUCAAGUGUUUCGAUUUGUUCGAGCACGCAAUGAUAGAGACUGUAUUCUAGUGAAAGAACCUAAUGCUACAACAACAACAACAGUAUCUUUAACUGUUUCCAGCAUGGAACUCAAGGUCAAGCAUGUCUUUCCCAAUGAUGAUAUGAAAAUUGGAUUAAUGACUCCGAUUAAGAAUAAUGUGCCGAUAACUAUACCUUUCCGUAAAUGGGAGCUCAAUGAACUACCUUCACUUACGUCAGGAUCUCGACGCGAGAUAUGGAGUGUAAAGACAACUUCAUCUGUUGAACGCCCACGCUAUGUCAUUGUGGCUUUUCAAACUUCUAAACGAGAUGACAUACACGCUGAUCCAACGUUAUUUGAUCACAUUAGAAUGUCCAGCGUGCGAUUGGUUAUUAAUGGAGAAUACUGGCCUAACGAGAGAAUGCAAUUGGAUUUUGCAAAAAAUGACUAUGCUAUAGCUCACUAUAACUAUACGGAAUUCUUUCCUAGUUAUACUCUUUCCUCAACAAAACAUCCCAUCUUAGAUUAUGCUGCUUUCAAGAAAUAUGCCUUAUUUGUUUUUGACUGUUCCAAGCAGGAUGAUACGUCAUUCAGAUCAGGAACCGUUGAUGUUAAACUGGAAAUCGAAGCAGAUGAAGGUUUUCCGGCAGGCACUCGAGCCUACUGUUUAAUUGUUCACGACAGCCUACUCGAAUACUUUCCUCUAACAGAAGUUAUCAAAAAUAUUAUUUAA